AUGAGAAUAUACACUGCUUGCAGAGCACAUAUUUCUCUUUUGGAAGUGGUGAGCAAGAAAUCCUUCGAAAAACUAGAUAGAACGCCACCGACGGUAUUCCAUUAUUACUACCAACUGCAGUUGAAAGACCUACACAAGAUGUCCACCGGUGAUGAAAUCCUUGAAUUUGCUAACAGGAAUAAUGCCUUCAAAAGACACAUUCGUAAAGAAUGGGAUUCGUUAUCGAUAUCGAGAAAAAGGGUUUAUCAUUGUCUUUAUUUCCAUUUUGCAAGGAUUAAUUAUGGUAAAAUGAGCUAUGAGGAACUUGCUAAGAGACUUGAAAUACCGAUACCUGUUUCAAGUGAGUACCUACUGUUUCGCAAUAGUUUUAAGGCCAAAUUUGAUGCUCUUUGGGAAGAAAGUCAAAAGCGUAAUAGAAGCUUAGAGGGCAAAAGUUUACAAUUGAGAUCAAGAUCCUUUGGCAAAUUCAAGGUCACACGCAUUUACAAAAAAGAUGCCGAGUUAGAAGAUUAUAACGACUAUAAUAGAAGGUUUCGCAAUAUGUGCAAAGAAUGCAGGCUCAUGUGGAAAGAACAAGUCACUGAAGAGCAAAAGAUAGAAAUAACUAAAAAGUUGAAAGAUGCUCGAAACAACUUUUUAAACAGAAUGGAUAAUGAAAUCAAAGCACUGGAUGCCUUGCAGGAAAAUAUGUCCAAAAUACUCAACAAUCAUACAACCAGUCAUAUUGGAUAUUUGAAAGUUGAGAGACCGCUCACAAACACCAUACGGGAGCCACUGAACAUACUCUUGGUGGGCAAAAAAAGAAAAUAA